AUGACAAAAACUUGCACAUACAACAUAUGCGCUAUUGGGGAUGCUACUGGUUUUUCUGGUGGUCUGUGGCUCUUAUGGGAUGAACGACAGGUGAAGUUAGAAGUGGUAGAUAGUAAUUUUCAGUCUAUUACCUCUCUUGUCACUGAAUCUUCGCAUAAGCAAUGGUUCUUCACUGCUGUCUAUGCAAGUCCUGAUCAUGUUUUACGUGAGGAGCUUUGGUCUUAUUUGGAUAAUUUUAAUUCCCAUUGUACUAUCUCCUGGCUUAUUGCUGGUGAUUUUAAUGAGUUAAUUUCAGAUGCGGAUAAACAGGGGGGACGAGCAGUUUUGGGUGGGGGUAGUUUUGCAAAUUGGGUUGACAGAAACCUCAUGAUUGAUAUGGGCUACAUUGGUGCUGAUUUUACAUGGAAGGCUAAUAGAAAUGGGGAAGAGAUCUUGGAGAGACUGGAUAGAGGCCUCUGUAAUAUUUCGUGGAGACAUGAGUUUCCAGAUGCCUUUGUUGAACAUGUGGCAAGACUAAAAUCUGAUCAUUGCCCUAUUUUUCUCAGUUUGAGUAGAGCUCAAACUCCUUCUCCAACUCUCAAACCCUUCCGUUUUGAGGCAAUGUGGUUGAAUCACUCGGAGUUUGGAGACUUUGUCAGGCAAAAUUGGUCUAUGGAGGAACUUUCAAUCUCCAAUAAAUUGGACUUGUUUACUGGUGCAGUUAAGAAAUGGAAUGUGGAAGUCUUUGGGAAUAUCUUUGGAAAAAAAAGAAGACUAAUUGCUCGUCUUGCAGGUAUUCAAAAGGCUCUCUGUCAAAGAAAGUUUCCCUUUCUUGUGAAUCUUGAGAAGGAGUUAACUAAAGAUUAUCAUGAGCUGCUGUCUAAUGAAGAGGUUUUCUGGAAACAAAAAUCGAGAAAUACAUGGCUGAGAGAAGGGGAUAAGAACACCAGAUUUUUCCAUUUGUCCACCAUUAUUCGCAGAAGAAGAAACAGAAUUGAAGGGCUUCAAGAUGAGUAUGGCAAUUGGAAGACUAAUAGAGAUGACCUGCAUACUAUUGCUGUGAACUAUUUCAAGGGGUUGUUCAGAGAGAAGAAUACCUUAGGAGUAAGUGAAGCUAUUCCUAAUCUUUUCCCAAGAAUUGAACCAAGCGAUCUUGGUGACCUCAGUCGUGAUGUCUCUGAAUUAGAAAUAAAAAAUAGUCUGUUCUCUAUUGGUGGUCUCAAAGCUCCAGGCCCAGAUGGAAUUCCUGCAAAGUUCUUCCAACUUCAUUGGUCGACCUGUAAAGAGGACAUUAUUCAGUUGGUUAAAGAGUGCUUUGAUAAAUGUGAGCUCCCUGAGAAUCUGAAUGACACUCUCAUUGCCUUAAUUCCCAAAGUGGCAAGCCCUCUCUCUAUGAAGCAAUUGUGUCCGAUUAGUAUUUGCAAUACUUUAUAUAAAGUGGUCUCAAAGAUCAUUGUGCAGAGAUUAAGGCCUAUGAUGAGUACGCUGGUCUCUCCUACUCAGGUGGAACAAGGUACUUGGAAACCUGUGAAAAUUUCUCGAAAUGGUCCUGCUGUCUCUCAUCUUUUCUUCGCUGAUGAUUUGAUCUUAUUUGCAGAGGCUUCUAUUCCUCAAGCUGAAGUGAUGCGCUCUUGUAUUGAUUGCUUUUGCUUAAAUUCAGGCCAAGAAGUAAGUUUUGAGAAAUCCUCCCUUUUCUGUUCUCCAAAUACUGAGGAAGGUCUAGCAGCUCAAUUAUCAGAUAUUUGUGGUUCUCCUUUAACCGAUGACUUAGGGAAGUAUCUUGGAGUGCCUUUGCUACAUUCGAGAGUUACUCCUGAAACUUAUAAAGGCCUAGUUGAAAAAGCUCAACUCAGACUUACUUCCUGGAAAAGCCACACCCUUUCUCUGGCUGGCAGACACACUCUAAUUCAAUCGGUUACAGCUGGCCUACCAGUUUAUACAAUGCAAUCAGUAAGACUUCCUAUGUCCAUUUGUAAUACUCUUGAUCGAUUGAACAGGAACUUCCUAUGGGGGCACACUGAAGAACAAAAGAAAAUCCAUCUAGUGAAGUGGGAUACGGUCUGUAAACCCAAAUGUUAUGGUGGGUUGGGAUUGAAGAAGACAUGUAUGAUGAAUCAGGCCUUGUUAGCCAAAACAGGAUGGAGACUUCUUCAACAGGAACAAGGGUUGUGGGCUCAAGCUUUGAAUAAAAAAUACCUCAAAGAUGAUUGCAUUAUGCAGAAGCUAACAUCUCCUUUCCCUUCUAGCUCUAGUACAUGGAAAGGCAUCCUUUAUGGAGCUCAACUGCUCCCUGAGGGAUCUAAGUGGAGGAUUGGAUCCGGUACGCAAAUUUCCUUCUGGAAUGAUAAUUGGACAGGUCUUGGUGUUUUGUCUGCUAUUGCCUUGAAGCCUAUUCCUCCCAACCUCGAAGGGCUAAGAGUGUGUGAUGUUCACGGAGGUACUCGUAGUGGUGAUGACACGAUCAUAUGGAGGUUAUCUCAGAAUGGUAACUUUUCUGUUAAAUCUGCUUAUCAUUCUUUGUUUUUGAACUUGGAUCCUCAACCAUGGCCAUGGAACUUUAUUUGGAAGAUUCAAGUCCCUCCUAAGGUGAAAACCUUUUUAUGGACUCUUGUGCAUGAUAGAUUGCUAACAAAUGACGUGAGGUUUCGUAGAGGUCUGGCUAUAGAUACUCGUUGUCCAAGAUGCGGCUCCCCGCUUGAAUCCUUGGACCAUCUUUUCAGAGACUGCACUAUUUCUAUGAGAAUUUGGACUGCCCUCCACCCCACAAGUGAGUUCUCCUCCACUUACACUCUUCCCUUUAAUGAUUGGUUGCUUAUCAAUUUAAAGUCCCCUGCGAGACUGCAAUAUGCAGUGCCUUGGUGUUGCUAUUUUGCUAUGGGGCUUUGGUAUAUAUGGAAAUGGAGGUGUAGCAUCAUCUUGGAUCAUACUUUUAAAUUUCCAUUUUGCCCUUCUCUAAUUAUUCAUCAGUCUACCAGAGAAUUUUUUGAAGCAAAUAUGAUUACACAUGCUAAACCUCCAAGACAGGUGGCUCAGCUGUGUUGGCAUUUUCCGCCUAAGGAUUGGCUCAAGUUAAAUGUUGAUGGUAGUUUGCAUAAAAAUACUGGGAUUAUAUGUGCUGGAGGAGCCCUUCGAAAUGAUAGGGGGGAAUGGAUGAAUGGGUUUUCUGCCAAGUUGGGCAUUGGUCAAGUUAUUGAAGCUGAACUUUGGGGACUUCUGAAAGGAAUGGAAAUGGCUUGGCAGAAUGGCUGUAGACGUUUGAAAAUAGAAAUGGAUUCACUUGUUGCGGUAAAGUUGGUUCUCUCUCCCAUUGCUCAUCUCCACCCUCUUUAUAGUAUUGUGGCAAACUGUCAAGAGCUUUUGAGUAGGGUUUGGAAUGUGUCCCUUAAACAUGUUUACAGAGAGUGUAAUUCAGUGGCUGAUUUGUUAGCGAAUAUUGGGCAUGGUUAUGAACCUGGCUGCAGAUUCUUUAGCUCCCCUCCUAUUGAUGUCGUGCCUCUUCUGGAAGCUGACCUUUUGGGCUUGUCUAAGCCAAGAUUAAUUGUGUUUUAG